AUGGGCCGCGACAAGUACCCGCGCCAGUCACUCGGCACCCUCCACAGCCGCAUAAAACAGUCGCGCAUAUUGAUGGUCGGUGCUGGAGGCAUCGGCUGCGAACUCCUCAAGAACCUCGUCCUCACUGGCUUCGGUGAGAUCCAUGUUGUCGAUCUUGACACCAUCGAUCUUAGCAACCUCAACCGGCAGUUCCUCUUCAGGCACGAACACAUUAAGAAGUCAAAAGCACUGGUCGCGAAAGAAUCCGCCGGCAAAUUCAACCCGAAUGUCAAGAUCGAGGCGCAUCACGCCAAUAUCAAAGAUCCUCAGUUCAAUGUCGACUGGUUCAAGACGUUCGCAAUCGUCUUCAAUGCGCUGGACAAUCUGGAUGCGCGGCGACAUGUGAACAGGAUGUGCUUGGCGGCAGACGUGCCGUUGAUCGAGAGCGGGACAACGGGAUUCAAUGGGCAGGUGCAAGUGAUCAAGAAGGGGAAAACCGAGUGCUACGACUGCGCCGGUCCACGAGAGACGCCUAAAUCCUUCCCCGUCUGCACCAUCCGAAGUACGCCGAGUCAGCCGAUACACUGCAUCGUCUGGGCGAAGUCGUAUCUAUUCACAGAGAUUUUUGGAACAAGCGAGGAUGAGGCGCCUGAGCUGGAUCACUCCGAGAGCGCUGAAAACGCAAAGGAGAUCGAGAACCUACAGAAGGAAGCGCAGGCCUUGAAGAAGAUCCGAGAGUCGAUGGGGUCGGAGGACUUUCCGCGAACUGUAUUCGAGAAAGUCUUCAAGGAUGAUAUCGAGCGCUUGCGGAGCAUGGAGGACAUGUGGAAGAAUCGUAGACCGCCCGAACCGCUGGAUUACGAUGCGAUCUCACAAGAGGCGCUGGGUGUGGGCCUCUCAAUUGCGCGGCAAGAUCAGGUGGUGUGGACGGUAGCGGAGAAUUUCGCGGUCUUUCUGAACAGCCUACGGCGGCUGAGUGACAGGCUGGAAGAGCUGAGGGCGAACGCGGAUACGGGCAACGCGCCGCCUAUCCUGACCUUCGACAAAGACGACGAGGAUAUUCUGGACUUCGUUGCGGCGAGUGCGAACCUGAGGUCACACAUUUUCGGCAUCGAGGCGCGGUCAAAGUUUGACAUCAAGCAGAUGGCCGGCAACAUUAUCCCGGCGAUCGCUACCACAAACGCAAUGACCGCCGGGUUGUGCGUCCUUCAGGCAUUCAAGGUCAUGCGGGAUGACCUCAAAAAGGCCCGCAUGGUCUUCCUUGUGAGGUCGACCGACCGAGUGAUUGGCUCCGAAGUCCUACGACCUCCGCGGCCUGACUGUCCUGUCUGCAGCGUCGUUUCUUCACGACUCGAGGUCGACGCAUCGCGCGCCACGCUCGGCCAGCUAGUCGACGACUUCCUCCGCAUGCAACUCGGCUACGGAGAAGAGUUUAGUGUCAGCAGCGAGGCUGGUAUUCUGUAUGAUCCUGAGCUUGACGACAACCUCUCCAAGUCUUUCAGUGAUCUCGGUCUAAAGAAUGGGAGCUUCAUCACUAUCGUCGACGAAGAGGACGAGAGCCCAAGAGUGGAUCUCGUCCUCUCGAUAUCUGAGCAGUCUCUGCCAGACGACAUGAAGCCCAUCCAUCUAGCCGAAAAGCUCGAGAUCCCACGGAAGCCCAAGACUGCUGCUCCACAUAUGACCAACGGCAGUCAUGAGGUUGCUGUCGCUAACGGAGUCAGUGGUACCCUUGGCGACGGCGUCACCGGCAAGCGAAAACGCGAUGCCACCGAUGUCGGCUUCGAGGACGAUCAGAUCCGCAAGCGGGGCAAGGUUGCGGAGGAGCCAUCCAACGACGAUGAUGUCGUAGUCUUGGAGGAUUCGACGAACGGAGCCAUAUUCAUCGAUGACGACUAA